CCUCAGCCCGCGCGCUCGCAGUUUCUCGCUCUCGCCCGCCCGCCGCUCCCUAGCUUGCUCGCGCUUUUGCUCGCGCUCUCCUCGCGGAUCGAAGGGACUCUGGCUACAGCCUGUGGCUGGGAAGGGCGACAGAGGCGGCGGUUCAGGAGAAACGAAGCUGCAGUGGUGGUGGUGGUGGGAAGAUGUCGGGCGAGGACGAGCAGCAGGAGCAAACUAUCGCCGAGGACCUGGUCGUGACCAAGUAUAAGAUGGGGGGCGACAUUGCCAACCGGGUACUUCGGUCUUUGGUGGAAGCAUCCUGUUCAGGUGUGUCGGUACUGAGCCUGUGUGAGAAAGGUGAUGCCAUGAUAAUGGAAGAGACAGGGAAGAUUUUCAAAAAAGAAAAAGAAAUGAAGAAAGGUAUUGCCUUUCCCACCAGCAUUUCAGUAAAUAACUGUGUAUGUCACUUCUCCCCUUUGAAGAGCGACCAGGACUAUAUUCUCAAGGAAGGUGACUUGGUAAAAAUCGACCUUGGGGUCCAUGUGGAUGGCUUCAUCGCUAAUGUGGCUCACACUUUUGUGGUUGAUGUAGCUCUGGGGACCCAAGUAACAGGGCGGAAAGCAGAUGUCAUUAAGGCAGCUCACCUUUGUGCUGAAGCUGCCCUACGCCUGGUCAAACCUGGAAACCAGAACACACAAGUGACAGAAGCCUGGAACAAAGUUGCCCACUCAUUUAAUUGCACACCAAUAGAAGGUAUGCUGUCACACCAAUUGAAGCAGCAUGUCAUCGAUGGAGAGAAAACCAUUAUCCAGAAUCCCACAGACCAGCAGAAGAAGGACCAUGAGAAAGUUGAAUUUGAGGUACAUGAAGUAUAUGCUGUGGAUGUUCUCGUCAGCUCAGGAGAGGGCAAGGCCAAGGAUGCAGGACAGAGAACCACCAUUUACAAAAGAGACCCUUCUAAGCAGUAUGGCCUGAAAAUGAAAACUUCUCGUGCCUUCUUCAGUGAGGUUGAAAGGCGUUUUGAUGCCAUGCCCUUUACUUUAAGAGCAUUUGAAGAUGAGAAGAAGGCCCGCAUGGGUGUGGUGGAGUGCGCCAAACACGAACUGCUACAACCAUUUAAUGUUCUCUAUGAGAAGGAGGGUGAAUUUGUUGCCCAGUUUAAAUUUACAGUUUUGCUUAUGCCCAAUGGCCCCAUGCGGAUAACCAGUGGUCCCUUUGAGCCUGACCUUUAUAAGUCUGAGAUGGAGGUCCAGGAUGCAGAGCUCAAGGCCCUCCUCCAGAGUUCGGCAAGUCGGAAAACCCAGAAAAAGAAAAAAAAGAAGGCCUCUAAGACUGCAGAGAAUGCCACCAGUGGGGAAACUUUAGAAGAAAAUGAAGCUGGGGACUGAGAAAGACCUGGAACCAGAGGAGCAGACUGAUUGAAGAGACAAAACUCCUGGCUUUCUGAAGCUGUGGACUUGGAUGAAUUGCUAGGGGUUUGGAGAGAAAGGUGACGAAUUUCAGUACCUCUGGCAUGCUGUCCCAGGGAACUAGGGCUCCCGCUAACUUACAAGGUUUUUAAACACAUUGAAAAUGACAUGGCGUUAAAAUAAAUUUGGAUUUGCUCAUAA